AUGACGUCCAUCGUGGACCGGUCCCUAGCCUUUGGGCCUAACUUCGAUACGGAGCGCAACUUCGAAGACCCAACGCUGCUCUCCGACGCCCUGACCAGCUUCUUCGAUACCGCCUUGUCCCAGCCAUCCAAUCCUUCUCAAGCCCCUUCCGGGAACGAUUUUGCGGCGCAUAUCCAACAAGUGACAUUGGGUACCGAUAUUCUCGCUGAUGCGGGCAGCGACUCGGCACGUCGGGACAGUCUUCUUCCAUGCGAGGACGCCAGCAGCCCGCAGACGACAUCCGCCUUAUGUGAGCCUCCUAAAGCAGCGGGCAAGCGUAAAGGCCGUAGCAGGGCCACAAGGCAAAAUCGGGGCGAGACAGCCAAGACACGAGCCAAGCGAGAGGUGAACCUGGAGAAGAACCGAUUGGCUGCGAACAGGUGCCGGAAGAAGAAACGAGAGUGGAUCGACAGACUGGAGGAUAAGCACCGCCAGCUUUCGGCGCGCAACAAGUUUCUCCGUGAAGAGCUGGCUGAGCUAUAUGAUACCGUCUACACGCUGAAAGAGCUGGUCCUCGGCCAUGCAGAUUGUGGAUCGCGUCCCAUCGACGACUACGUGAGACGUGAGGCGGAACAGGUACAUACCAGAGUGCGCGACAACUUACCGCCGCCCGUGUUAGCGUCUCCCAUGUUGUAG